GAUUGGUCGCUGCGGCGGCAGCAGGCCUGGCCACAGAAGUCAGAGGCACUGUCGGGCCCAGUCGCGGAGUAAAAUGCUUGGUGUCCGUCCGCAUGCCCAGAACAGAGCAAGGCAGCCGCAAACGCCAGCACCCAGCAGCCAUGUUGGGGCCGGGAGAAGGAGAAGUGGCCGCCACCCACGCCGGAAGGAGAGUGCAGUCUGUGUAUUCUCCAGGGUGGCGGAAGUCCCUUCUGACGUCAUCACCCAGCGCCUGCCUCAUGUGGUGGUGUGUUUGGAGUGGAAAGUCGCCGUAGCUGCCGCGAUGAUCCGGCUCGGGAUUCCGUUGUUGAGUCGGGGAGCUGCUCCGCGGCUUUUGUCCACCUUGUCAAAACAGGCAGGUCUUCCAGGCAAUUCUAGUGUUUCAGCUCAGGUGGAUGCAGCUUCACUAACAGAAUCCUCUCCUGAGUUGGUUUCCAGAGACCCCAUCCUACGGAAAUGCAGUAUUGCCAUCCCCAACCACCUCACACCUGCCCAGGCCUGGGUGGAGUCCCUGAAGCAUUAUGAUGCCAGGCAUGUGGGCUUGACAGACCUGCAUCCCGAUGUGUUUGCAGUAGUGCCCCGGAUUGAUAUUCUGCAUGCAGUGGCUAUCUGGCAGAGGAACUUCAAAAGAAUCAGUUAUGCCAAGACCAAGACACGUGCAGAGAUGUCUGGUGGUGGCAGGAAGCCCUGGCCACAGAAGGGCACUGGACGGGCCCGGCAUGGCAGUAUCAGGUCACCUCUGUGGCAUGGUGGUGGCGUGGCCCAUGGCCCCCGCGGCCCCACCAGCUACUACUACAUGCUUCCCAUGAAAAUGCGUGUCUUGGGCCUCAAAGUGGCACUGACAGUCAAACUGGGACAGGACAAUCUACACAUCGUAGACUCUCUGGAAAUGCCAACCUCUGACCCCCAGUAUCUGAUGGAUCUGGCCCGUUACAGGCAUUGGGGGGAGUCAGCGCUGCUUGUGGAUGUUAAUGAGAUACCUGAGAACAUCAUGUCAGCAGCAAGUGGCCUUAAAACCAUCACAGUAGUGCCAGCAAUAGGUCUCAAUGUGCACAGCAUGUUGAAGUAUGAGACUCUCGUGCUCACCCUGGACACGAUCUCCUUCUUGGAAGAGAAGCUGCUGUGGCAUGACAUGCGAUACAGCCCGCUAUACCCCUUCCGACUGCCCUACAGCGACUUCCCAUAGCCUUGGGGCCAGAAAUGGACUGAGCGGCUGUGAGCUGGACAUUGCUUCCCAUUCCAUUUUCCCUGGGAGGUUUAGUGUUUUUCUAAUGUGAACAUUAAAACUGGCUGGACUGCUGAAAUUGUACCCUGUCUUUGGGCAUAGCUACACUUCCCCGAAUGCUGCUGACACUUGAAACGGUGGACUGUUGUGAUGAGGAGGAGGUUUGCUGUUUUGUUUUUUUGCUGGAAGAUGAAACCAGCAAAACUAGAGAAGUGAUGAAAAGGAAUAAUAAAGCAUUUAGAUGGUGUA